GUGGGCUGGGAGAUUGCAGUGUAUGUCACGCUGUGCAUUUGGGCAUAACAGCAUAUGACUCAACAGGGAAAAAACAUUUUGUAGCUUUACCAGUUCACAAAAACUCGGUGGGCUUUGAUGUUGAAGAAAUUGAAAAAUUCCAAAAAGGGGAAGGAAAGGAAGAAGAAAAGUAUAUUGAUGUAGUCAUCAAUAAGAAUAUGAAGUUGGGACAAAAAGUUCUGAUCCCAGUAAAACAAUUCCCUAAGUUCAACUUCGUGGGAAAACUUCUGGGUCCACGUGGUAAUUCUCUAAAGCGUUUACAGGAAGAAACACUGACAAAAAUGUCCAUUUUGGGAAAAGGUUCUAUGAGGGACAAGACAAAGGAGGAAGAGUUGAGAAAAAGUGGAGAGGCGAAGUAUUUCCACCUAAAUGAUGACCUGCAUGUUUUAAUUGAAGUAUUUGCUCCGCCUGCAGAAGCAUAUGCCAGAAUGGGACAUGCAUUGGAAGAAAUCAAGAAGUUCCUCAUCCCU